GAGUGCUCUGGAUCCGCUUCACCCCCCACAGCCCCCGGUCCCUCGUGGGCACCUCCUGCCUGGCUUCCCACCCCGCUGCUGACAGGGGUGGGGAUGGGUGCACCCAUCCUUCCUCGGUGCUCUCCCGCAGCUCGGUCCUUCCGGGCAGGAGCGGGCAGGUGCCUGAUAUUUUUUCUCUGUGCAUUUCCUGGUCGGAGGCAGGAGGCAGGGCAGGCUGGGUGGUCCCGAGCCCCGACGACACCGACAGCUCCUCUCGGCGCCCGGGUGUCCACAGGAGCUGCUGCGAUGGAGCUGGGGGAUGUCUGGAAGCCCACGUACGGCCCUGGCCCCGAAGCGCCGGGGAGCAGCACGCCGGGGCUGGUGGCAAUGGCGCACGGCUUCCUGCGGCUGGUGCAGCCCAACGCCCUGCCCACAGAGCUGAUUAAUUUUGAGCAGUCCCAGAAUGGGUUCAGCCGAGAUGACAUCAAUGAGCUGCUGCUCUACGAACUGGGUUUCCUGGUCUGCGCGGCCAUUGGAGUCCUCCUCAUCAUCCUGGUGCCGCUGGUGGGAUUCUGCUUCUGCUGCUGCCGCUGCUGCGGGCACUGCGGGGGCCGGCUGGUGGUGUCUGUGCCCUCAUCAGCAACAGCCGCUUCUCCCAGGCUGUGAAGAGCACCUUCCCCAAUGUGAACAACACUCUGGACAACGUCCACACCUACCUGGCCUCCAUCCCCCAGCAAGUUGAUUUUGUCAUCAACAAGAGCGAUGUCCCACUGAGCUAUGCCAACCGCAGCCUGCAGGACAUUGGGCCCAAACUGGGCAGCAUGAUCACCUCCCGCAUCAGGAACAGCACGGAUGGGGCUCUGGGGUCUCUCCAGAGCCUCUUGCAAGGGAUGGAGACACUGAAUAACAUCUUUGCCAACAUUGCCAACCGCCGCUCAGACCUCGAGGAGCUGCAGAGCAGCUACAGCCAGGGGCUGGUCAGCCUGAGGGACAGGCUCAAUGGCACCCUGCAGAAAUGUGGCCUCCCCUGCAGCCAAGUGUCCCUGGAGGGGCUCGCCUUCAGUGCCAACUUCAGCACGAUCCCAGGUGUGGAGCAGCAGCUGCAGGCACUGCGUGAGGUCUCUGAGUCAAACAUAAAGUCUGAUUUGGAGGAGGUUAACACAACGCUGGGCAUGACCCCCGACAAGGUGCAAGAGCAGUCCCAAGAGGUGGUGGCAAAGAGCCAGGAUCAGCUGCUCCUCAUCAGGCAGGAGAUCAGGAACUUGCAGGGAAGGUUGCCACUCCUGGAUGUGGAGCAGGAAGUUGGGGCCUUUGUGAACAAUGCCACAUCCAUGCUGGAGAAGUACAGGGAGCCAAUCGUGGCCUGGGAUGGGCUCAGGUUGAUCCUGUGUGCCCUCCUGUGCUGCACGGUGCUGCUGGUGGUCCUCUGCAACGUUUUUGGGCUGCUGCUGGGGCCCCUGGGGCUGAAGGAAGGUGUGCUGCCCACACAGCGCAGCAGCCUCUCCGAUGCUGGCGGGAACUUCUUCAUGGCAGGGGUUGGCUUCAGUUUCAUCUUCUACUGGCUGCUCAUGCUGCUGGUGAUGAUCACCUUCGUGGUGGGGGGAAACAUUUACAUGCUCCUCUGUGAGUCCUGGCACAACCAGCAGCUCUUCCAGCUCCUGGACACUCCUGGCAAAAUCCCUAACUUCAAUCUCUCAGAGCUGCUGGGCCUGAAGGGUGACACAACAAACUUCUCAGAGAUAUACAGGCAGUGCCAGCACGACGCGUCCCUGUGGCAAACUCUGCACUUGGACCAGAGCGUGUCCCUGGACGAGCUCCUGAAUAUCAGCCAGUACGCAGGAGACAUCUCCACAGCUUUUGAGAAGAUGAACAUCACCCUAAGCCCCAUCUCCCUGCUCAACCAGAGCCAGAAGGACCUGCUGCUGAGGGCCAGUCAGGCUGCACAGCCUCCCAACUUCACCCUCACCCUGGAGCAGCUGGAUCAGAAUAUUAUCCAAGGAAGCCUCCUGGAUCUGGCUGUAGAGUUGGAGCAGCUGGCAGAAAAUGUGAGCACAGAUGUGAAGAAGGACCUGGAAGAUAAUGCUCGUGAACUGAGGGAUCUGGAAAAGGAGAUGCAGGGGAACUUCUCUGGGCCACUGCAAAAUCUGAAGGAGAACAUCCACUCAGUGCAGAGUGGGGCUGCCCAGCUGGAGGGACAGACAACAGCUGCACUGGACAAAGCCAACAAAACCCAGGAAUUCCUGGAGAGGGAGAUGCCAAACAUCAUCAAGAACGAGACAUUGGCCUUCCUGGACCAGCUGUUGGAUUUCUUUGAGACCUACAUUUCAUGGGCCAAGAGCAGGGUGACAAAAGAUGUGGCACGUUGCAAGCCCAUAGCUCAGUCCUUGGAUGAUGUGGAGGUCAUUGGCUGUGACUAUAUCAUGGACUCUGUGAAUGCCUUCUGGUUCAGCCUGGGCUGGUGCACCUUGUUCCUGCUGCCCAGCAUCGUCCUGUCUGUCAGACUUGCCAAGUUUUACCGCCGCAUGGAUAUUGCUGAUGUGUACAGGAAUGAAGACUUUGAGAUGCCACCAACAUUCAACUCCUACAAAAUCCCCAGGCCUUCCACAAGGCAUUAGCUCCCAUCACCCACAGAUGGAAGAAAUGGACAGACCCCCCCACUUGAAAAAUGUGAUUAUUUAUUUUUGCAGGGAACCUGCCUGUUUCCAGGGCUGUAAUUUUUGGUGUCAAAUAAUAAAUGGUGUGUUUGUGUGCA